UCAGAUCAUUACGCGAAGUUUCGUUUCGUACACACCACGGACGUUUCUCUAUCUUGGGCGAGUUUGAAACUCAAAAUGCUACGGGUACAUCAAUGAGACAAAACCCAGUCCUAUUUCAUCUUUUGUCCAAUUCCAAUUCAGCAAUACAGUAAAAUCGAGGAAUAGGUAUUAAUCUACUUACCGCAAUAAUAAAACGGGAGAGUAAUCCGUUCCUUCAUAAUCAUUGAAUUUUGGUAAGAUAAUUUUAUUAUAAAAUUAUUACCAUAUAAUAAAUAAAAAAACAAGGAAAGUUACGGAUAUGAAAAUAAAAAAAUUACUACUGAUAUUAUCCAUUUCGUUAAGCUCAUCAAGUUGCAGAAAUGAGACGAAUCAGAUCACCAAUGCUAAUGCCUCAAAGCGAACUGAAUUAGAUAAAAAUGCAUUAUCGGAUUUUAAAUUACCCCGAUUGGCGAGUAAUUUUCCCGAAUAUAUUAAAAAUCUGCAACGUUUUGCUAAAGAAAAUGGCAUCAAACCAAAAACGAUAGAUGAAGCUUUUGCAGAUGUGUAUUAUCUCGAAAGGGCGAUCGCUGCUGAUAAAAAUCAACCCGAGAAAAAACUGAAUUUAACCCAGUACCUUGCUAUUGUCGCCUCACCACAGCAAUUAACGCUCGCGAAAAAAAAGAUGGAUGAAUAUCGUCAACAAGUUAAUGCGGCUGCCAAUUCAACGAACGUUUCUGCCGAAUAUAUUAUCGCAUUAUGGGGUAUCGAAAGCCGCUAUGGUAUGAAUCAGGGGAAAAAAGAUGUUAUAUCAGCAUUAUCGACACUUGCAUUUGAGGGUCGCCGCGAAAUGUUUUUUAGCAAAGAGUUAUUACAAGCUCUAAAGAUACUCGAACGAGGAGAUAUAACCAAAGAAAAAUUCAAAGGUUCGUGGGCAGGAGCAAUGGGACAAUGCCAAUUUAUGCCUUCAUCGUUGCUCGCUUAUGGAAAAGAUGGCGAUGGUGAUGGUAAAGUUGAUAUAUGGAAUAACGUCGAUGAUGUAUUCGCGUCGAUUGGAAAUUAUUUAGCGAGGAAUGGUUGGAAUAAAAAUAUUAAUUAUUGGGGUAAUAAGGUCGUAUUACCGGAUAAUUUCAAUACUACACUGAUUGGUUUUAAUAGAAAUCAAUCAAAAUCGAUAGCUGAUUGGCAACAAUUGAAGAUUGAAUUUGAUGAUCUAAAAACAAAACCUGCGAACAAUACUUUAGCAUGGUUAAUUCAGCCUAAUGAAAGUAAAAAGACGGAAAGAUAUUUAGUUUAUAGCAAUUUCAAAACCAUUAUGAAUUGGAAUCGCUCGUAUUUUUUUGCCAUCAGCGUCGGUACUAUCGCUGAUAGUUUAAUGGAAAAAUAAUGCAUUCAAAUGUACAUAUUUAUAUCUCGGUAUCGUUUUUGGCUCAGCGCCGGAUUAUCCUAGAAGCAGUAGAAGCUCAAAAAGCUGAAGCGUGGAACGCACAUUUUUAAGGGUGCAGAAAUUUUGAGAAAAUUGAAAAAAAAGUUAAAGCGAUAGUCAAAAGACGCGGAAGACGGACCUUAAAAAGAGAAAUCAAAUUGAGUAGGUCAAGUACCUACCAAGAAAAAUAAAAGCGGUCCCACCAAGAAUAACAAACAAACUCGAACUCGUUGCCAGUUGCACCUUGCAUCGGCUUGGCCCUUAAAGCUACUUUUUUGAUCUUAUACACUUAUACUUACUUAAAUAUAAGUUACUUACAUUUUUACUUUUUAGAAAACAAUAUAAAUGUUUACUUCAUAUAAAAAAAUAAUUUUUUUAAUGUUGUAAAAUGUUUAUAGGCCUAUUCCUACAGCUUCAUCAGGCCAAAAGUACAACCUACAAAUAAAGUUCUUAUGUAUUUUGAAAUUAAAAAUUUAAUUCUCUUAUAGUUUUAAUCUAAGUAAUUAGUGAAGUGAAAUUAGCUCAACAUGAAAUGUAUUAUUGCUGAAAUUCGAGCACUUGAACAACGAAAACCUUCACCUAAAGAAAGAACUCUUUACGAGUACAAUUGAAUCCUUUUUUGGGAGAUCGAGGUUUACUUAGAGUUGGUGGAAGAUUACAAGAAUCAAAUUUAUCUCAUGAUG